AUGGACAACAGGAUUCAAGAAAUUCGCCACGCCGAGGAAGCCAAUGGCAACUUCGAUCGGUCAUGGAGAGAGGAGCAAUUGAGCGAGAAGAAGUUGAGCGUGGCCGCGCACGACUUUACCAGAGACGAGAAAGAGAUGACCAUUCGCGAAGCCAUUGUGGCGAACAAGAAAGCAAUUUUCUGGAGUUUGGUCAUCUCUACAUGCGUUAUCAUGGAAGAAUACGACACGAAUCUCUUGGGCAAUUUCUACGCAUAUCUCUAUUACACCAUGGUCGGCCAUGUACUGACCAUCGCUUCUACGGUCCAGCUCCAUAUUCUCCUGUUUAGCUCGGAUGAAGAGCAAACACAGGCCGCGCGAGGGCGGCUCGAGAAAAACUUCGAACUCUUGACGUGCCUACAAAGGCGCUGGCCGGCGCUGGAUAUCAGUUUCGCACGCUUUCGAGAAUUCCACAGGGCGUGCCAGAACUAUAAAGAGACCUCCUUUCGUAUGGAUAAAUGGUUGCUACGAUUCCUAUUCGAAUUUGCUAAACCCGUCGGCGAGAAAGAUCCGAAUUAA